GACAAAGGGUGACAUGUCCAAGUGCUCCAAAGCAGACGAUUCAGGGAAUGCAGGGUCCGCUCAUGGUCUAGUGAGGCCCAUCUCAGCAGCUGGCACACUAACUUCUGCUCGCGCCGCUCCACGAACUUCGCCUCAGGUGCACUCUCGCUCCUCCACCGCGCCGUCAACACGACGUCCUUCUCGUGAUAGGCACUCGAGCCAUGGGCCAGAGGCCGUAAGCCGGCGCGCGGCCCCAUAG